AUGGGGUCCAGAAACAGCAUCGAGAUGAAUGACCUAGCUGAUUUGGUGCCAGAAAAUGAGAAUGUUCCUCUCCUUCCGCCCCCCGCCGCCACGACAAACCCCGCCAUCUUGUCACCGGAAUCAAAUAGUACGGAUGAAGAGGCGGCAGAUAGAGAUGAUGAGAGACCGGUUCACAACGACCAAACCUGCAAGAAUCGGGAUUAUGUUUGUUCUCGGUAUGCUAGCAAGAAACUCCUCGGUCAGUAUAUCCCCGAGAUCGACGAGAAACACGUGCGGUCCAAAACACGCAAGACUGCGGCAUCCAAGCGAUCCAAAAUGCUACGCAACCAAUUUAUUACCACAGCCGUUAUUUGCCUAGCAAAUAUCGCGGUCUUGAUUUUGUUUUGGGUGUUCUUCCCACCGGACUCGAAUGGAAUAGGAACCCUACGCAUGGGCCAAUGCUCUGAGAUUACAGGCAUCAAUAGCGCUGCACACGUGAUUCUCAACGUAUUAUCGUCCUUAUAUCUCGGUGCUGGCAGCUAUUGCAUGCAAAUCUUAGUCGCCCCUUCUCGACAGGAAAUAGAUACCGCGCAUACUCGCGGCGUCUCACUCGACAUUGGGAUUCAGAGCCUUCGAAACCUGCGGUGGAUUAAUCGACGCAGAAUUUUCCAGUGGGUUGGAAUUGGGCUUCUCUCAAUAUGCAUGCAUUUGUUGUGA